AUGGCUGGAAUCGGUGUGGCAACGGGCGCCGCCCUCAGCAGUGGUAUCAAUGGCAGCAAUGACGCCAAUGCCACUCCUUCGCCUUGGGCUGCCUCUAGCUCCUCGUCGUCCUCCAACAUCACUGUCGGUGUGCUCGCCAUCCAAGGCGCGUUCCGCGAACAUGCUUCUCACAUCAAUCGACUCAACACGCUGCACCCGCUCCACACCAUUCGUAGCACACUCGUGCGUACACCGGAACAACUCGCCGACUGCGAUGCGCUCAUCAUCCCCGGCGGCGAGUCGACCGCGAUCUCGCUUGGCUGUGAACGUAUCGGUCUGCUGGAGCCUUUGCGCAAAUGGGUACGUGACGGACGACCUGUGUGGGGCACAUGUGCAGGUAUGAUCAUGCUCGCCCGAGAAGCGAGUGGAGGCAAGAAGGGCGGUCAGCAGUUGAUCGGCGGUGUAGACGUACGAGUCGGCAGAAACGGCUUUGGUUCGCAGAUCGAUUCGUUCGAGACCGGCUUGGAGAUCCACGGCUUGGAUAGACCCCAAGAGUUAUUCAAUGGUGUCUUCAUUCGAGCCCCCGUAGUGGACGCUUUGUUGUUACCCAGCGAUCUCGAAAAGGUGGCUGUCGAUCAACCUACGCUCGUCAAACGCGUAGAUCCCAACACACUUGCCGACUCAGUCCGCACUCCCGUCACCAACACCAACGCCGUACCGAUCAGCGCAACAGCAGAUUUACCCGCAAAUGCCUCUGAACCAGCGCUCGCCAAGACGACCAUCGCAGACCCAGCACUGCGCAUCGUGGUCGCACCUCCGCUCUACGACACCUCGGAUCCGAUCAGCUCAGCACAAAAGAGACCUCCCAUCGAGAUCCUUGCCACCCUACCGGAACCCGUGACGACACCCGCAUCGCCUUCGAACCGUCCGGUUUCCGCUCAUGUAGCGCAGCGCGAUCCCAGGAUGGACGUGGCGCGCAGACCCGACCACGAUUCGCAGAUCGUCGCCUUGCGGCAGGGUAACAUUCUGAUGACCAGCUUCCAUCCUGAAUUGACUCCAGACACGAGGUUGCACAGUCUUUUUGUCACCAAGCUGGUGAUUCCGUACAAGAAGCAGCUGCAGCAGCACUAG